AUGGCAAAGACCAAAGGAGCAGGCUCCGGAAACACCCAACCACCAAAGAAGAAAGGCACCAAACCUCCACCUCCAAAGCGCACCACAAGGCGAAGCGCUUCGGAGGAGACUUCUACCAAAAUCACUGAAGAUCCUUUGCUGAAAAUCCAGCCCGAAGACAGAGGGCGUACCGAAGUCCUUCAACAAGAGGAGCGAGAAGUAGCAAAAACAGCCGCUGAGUCAACUCAACCGGGAGAAGGGGAGCCCGAGCUCACCCCUCUUGUGAAGAAAUCGAAGAAGGGUCAGGAGAGCAAAGCAACUCCGGCGCGAUCAACUAUCGCGCCACCACCUAGCGAAGAAGAGAAGGUGGAUGAGGAGGAGGCUGAUGAAGCAGAGGAAGUUGAGGCAAUUCGAGAGAAGGAAGUGGAAAUCCCAACACCCCAGAGCAAGAGACCUGGAGUAAAGAGAAAGCUAGAUGUUGCAAAACCCCCACUACCAGUGAAGGCCAAACCGACGCAGGCAGGCAGUAAGACCCGAAUCAGAGCUGCACAGAGCAAGAAGCCACGGAAACCCACUGCAGUCGAAAAGGGGAAGGCCAAGGAGACGGAGGAGCCAAUGGAAGUAGAUCCAGAGAGAACCGAGACGGUUGAAAGCUCCAACUCAGAGGAUGUGAUCGCCCCUGCUAAGCCGGUAACGAGCACACUCACCUCAAAAUCCAAAGGCGUCAAGCGCAAGGGAAUAGUGCGACCCAGCACUACGGAAACGGUCAUACCGAGAGACAGUGAGAGGUAUGCCAGUCUUAAAAAGCCGGGAGAUCACCCCUUGGUAUUUUCUGGUGACUGA